UGCACCUUGAGUGCAGCAUCGAGGCCUUGGUGAACGUCAGGGUUGCCAUGAGGCUGGAUUGAUGGCUGCGUUGCUGACGGGCGGGCAGCGGGUGAUACGCUGCGUCGCUGCGCGGAGCGGGUAAAGGUUGGCAUGUCAUGGUCUUUCGAUAUGUACGUAUUAUUAGAUGAAGCCUGAGCUAGGUCUUCCCCUCUCAGCCUGCUGUCUUCUCUCUUCGUCUCUUGCUCUUUUGUUUUCCUUUCGGUCUUGGAGUUUCGACAUCGCCACGUUCUUCGCAUUGCUGGUGGAUAACUGGGCCUUAAAUACGAGUUGCUAUCAAAGAGUGUCAAUUUCGGCCCCAAGAAAGACCUUAGGAAUGGCUCCGUCACUGGCCGAAAGGCUGGCGUUGCCUUUCGCCCUCAUCCAGCUUCUUGCGACCGUAUUUGCGCAAACAACGAUCCAGACAUCAACUCCAACCUUUGAAACAGCAACGGACACCGGCGCGUCAUUCCCGAUAACCGCAGCACCCUCCACAUCGACCGCUUCAGCGACCAGCUCCGCAUCAAGUUCGAGCUCAUCCUCGUCAAGCAGAGGACCCCAGGUGCACACGGUCAAAGUGGGAUCAGGCGGCUUCAAGUAUGAGCCAGCAGAGCUCAGGAAUGUCAGUGUUGGCGAUACGAUUACCUUCGAAUUCUAUCCGCCAGAUCACUCGGUAGCGAGAGCGGAGUAUAUGAGUCCUUGCGUGCCGUACGAGUAUACCGGGAGGGAUAAGGUGGGGUUUUGGUCGGGAACACAAUUUGUUGAUACUGUUGACGAGUUGACUCAUUGGAACCUUACUAUAAACUCGACUGAGCCUAUCUUCUACUACUGCGCCGCGCCUGGAUCAUGUAUCGACCAUGAAAUGGUUGGUGUCAUCAACCCGAACACGACCCAGACACUGGACGCACAAGUCAAAGCCGCGGGAGACUCGUCAUAUCAGCUGAAGCCUGGAGAUCCGAUUCCAAAGGAAGGAUCAGCAACACUACAUACGCAACCAGCCACAGCUGCUGCUACACCGACGGGUGGAUCCAGUCACGACGAUCACCCGCAUACCCUUUCCGGAGGUGUCAUUGCCGGAAUCGUGGUCGGUGCUGUAGCCUUCCUCGUCAUUUGCGCAGCCCUCUUCUUCUACGUCGGCCGAACCAAGUCCCUCAAAGAAAUGAUCGCACGGCGAGACGCCACAGUGGCAAAGAGCACAGGACCAGAGGCCGGAGCCGCAGGCCACUUCCAUCAACCCAUGUCUUCUCCCGGCUACCCGCCUACGCCGUUCUCUCCGCCGCCGGGACAUAACGAAUUCGGUGGGCAGCUACCCGCAUACGGCCAGCACAAUGCUACAGAUUCCCAUCCUUCGGGAUGGACGAGUCCCCCCAUGCGCCCCGGACAUACGUCGAUGACGGGGUCGCCGCCUCAACCACAGUGAGUAGAGAUCUAAUGUUAGCUGAGACUGAAACGGCAGUGCUGACGCGUGUGUAGGAUGACUGAGGUAAAAGACCAGUAUCCACACGGGCCUAUCGAGAUGAUGUCACCGACGCCGGGACAGCAGACGUUUACCGCCGAGCUUGAAGCGCCGCUUAAGACGCCGCGGUAGAAACAUGGCCAAUCCAGA